UCCAGGGGCUCGGCGGCGUUCGGUGCUGAAGUGGGGCGGAUGGCAGAAAAACAGCGGCGAUGGACAUUACACUGCAGGAUUCCCAUUUACGAUGUAGUUAAAGAAGCAUCGGAACAACGCGUUUUCAAAGCUAUCACCCUAGGACACUGACAGCCCACCGUAAAGGGAUGCUGUACUUUCACUGCUCCCUCUACUCUCACGUCUAUAAAUGACCCAUUCACUGAGAUCCAAGGAAGCCUAGGAGGCCACGGCGAGAGCGACAAAAGGAGUGAAACAAGGAAACGAGGAGAGGAAGCCGUCGCAUUUCACCUCAGCUCUUGUGUCCCUUUCUGCGUUGAGUCGGUCAGGGAUGGUGAAACCAGUAACCUCUCUUCCCUCUGGUGAAAAGAACCUCCUCGCCUUUUGUCCUGCAUCUCCUGCAAGCCAAACAACCAGUCCAUUAGCCAAACAGACGCUCAGACAGUCCACCAGUCAGUCCCUCCAUCAACCAGCCUGCUAUCAUCCAGCAACCUAUUACCUCAGCGCCAUGACUGCUCUGUCUGACCUGUUUUUAGGAACACACUAAUUCAUGCCCCGGAGUGUGAGUGGAGUGGAGAUGAGAAAAAGGCAGGCGGCUCACAUCGAGGCCCCACCCCAGGCCCCUGGACAGCCCCGACCAAACACCUGCUGCCUCUGCUGGUGUGGCUGCUGCAAGUGUCUCUGGAACGAGGACCGGAUGGAACGGAGUGAACGACAAACCUGCACCAAGAUGGACAGUAUUGAAGCUGUGGAAGAACAACAUCCCAGCCUGGACGAGGUCCUGUCGUGGGCGCGGAGCUUUGAGAUGAUGCUACGUUCGUUGGAGGGCCGGGAGGUUUUUCGGGAGUUUCUGCGCUCGGAGUACAGCGAGGACAACCUGCUUUUCUGGUUGGCCUGUGAAGAGCUGAAAAAGGAGACCAAUCCCUCGGUGGUGGAUGAGAAGGCCAGGAUCAUAUACGAAGAUUAUGUGUCCAUAUUAUCACCCAAAGAGGUGAGUCUGGACUCGCGGGUCAGAGAAGGUAUAAACCAGACCCUGGCAGAGCCCAGCAACCUGAUGUACGAGGAGGCCCAGCUCCAGAUCUACACCCUGAUGCACCGCGACUCCUUCCCCCGUUUCCUCAACUCCUCCGUUUACAGAGACCUCCUGGCCAACAGGAGGCGCACCUGCCUCGACCCCUAGGCCCCGAGCCCCCGCCCUCCCUCAUUACCAUCGUACACCAACGAGACUACUACUUUAACUUCAAAUACUACUAUGGUGCCAGAAGUAGGGUUUGGAAAAUCUCUCCCUCUUUUUUGAUGGAAAAGACUGAAUGACAUCCGAGAUAGCUGGUUGAUUUUUUUAUUUAUAUUUUUUAAGCAAUUUAUAUCCAGUUCUCCACUGGAGCCAGGUCGGCCUUUGCUGGUUGGUUAUUGGUCAAUUUAUGGCCAUUAAUUCUGGCCAGUGAUUGUUUUGCUAGAAGUUUGUGCUGUUUGUUUCGGUUGCCUGGCCAACCCGCUGGUCAACACUUGUGGCCAACCAGAUGGCUAGCAGUUGGUUAACUGUGGACAAGGAGUUAGACAAGGAGAGAGAGAGAGAAAGAGAGAGAGACAAAGGAUAAGCCAACUGUUUCUGUACUGUAAUAUUUAGACCUUAUUCUUUUUACUUCGAUGUCCUCUCUACCUUACUUGUUUCAUACUAUUGUUUUUUUCUAUUCCCGUCCCAUUCUAAAAAUAUAUUUAAUUUAAACUUGUCAUUUCUUUACAGUCCAAACAUAGAUCAUGGUGGGAGUUGGGGCUUCACCUCCUGUUGUAAAAGCACUGGCUCUGCAUGUAACUCUCUCUCUCUACAGUAACUUGACAAUGUUAGCCGUGGACUGCAACAGUUUUUGAAUUUGGGAUGUACAGUAUUACGACAGGGGACCUGUCUCUAUGUCUGGCUGUUUAUGUUCAGCGAAGGGAAAAAGUACACUUCUGCCAAUUUUAAGCUUAACUCAGUUGUUAUAUUGAGGAGAUUUGAGGGCUUCUGCAACUAAGGCAGCAGCAGCACCUACCCAUCCAUUCUUCCACCUGUCCAUCCGUCUGUCCAUCCGUCCAAGCACUUUUCCUUCUUUAGGAUUCUUUAACUGGGAGAAGUAAGGGCUAGAAUUGUGGUUGGGCAGCUACAUGUAUUAUUAUCAUUAUUAUUGUUAUUAUUAUUAUUAUUAUUACUCAUGAACUUCUCAAAAAAAAAAUCUCUCCACUGAGAACAUCACAAUGCCUUUACAUGUAAGAAAAGGCAGCACAACAGCUGCUAGAGUUUUUUCUGGAAAGCAACCACAGUUUGUCCGAUGAUCCCUACCUCCCAUCUUUUCCCCCUCACCUCCUCCUCUUCCUCCUCCAACUCAGACCAUCACAGCCUGACAAGCACAGGUGCCCAAUGUGGGGUUAAUUUAAAAAAAAAAAAAAAAAAAAAAAAACGCUGGAGAAAAUAAAACAAACCCCACAUUGACUCCAAAUAGUGGAAUACAUUUUGAAAUUCUUGAGCAGAAAAGAUGAGUUUACAUUUUAGUAUUUUAGGAAUGAAAUGCUGGGCGUUGAAGACAGCUGGUUCUGCUUGAAGAGCAUCUGCAGGGGUUUUCAGCCCUGGCUUUUGUCUUGUAAGGCUUUUAGCUUUAGAUGCUGUAGGUAUUGCUGAUGUGGACGUCGUAUAUGACUCUGCAAAUGUGUGAACCAGGUGCCAAACAUGAUGUCAGACAUGCUGUGUUGAGAUAUUUGAUGUGACUUGUCAGUAGGCUGUUGGGUCAUUUCGGUGCAUUGUCUGUUUUGCCGGCAGAUAAAGCUGGAAGAGUGUAUGGUAGGCUAGUUAGCUACUGCCCAUUCAAGACACUCAUUUAUGCCAGAGCUAGUGAAGAGGGUUGGUAUAUUAAUGCUAACACGCUAAUGGACUAGCUGAGAAGUUUGUAGUCAUAACAUGUUAGUCUUUUUGUACAAGGCUAACUAGGUUUCAGCAUGCAGUAGGCAAGCAGUUAGCAUGCUUGUGCUAGCCAUGCUAACACUUCAUCCCACAGCCAGCCCUCACAGACUCUGGUUUGUUUUUCUAAUCUGAAUUUGCCAGCAUGCUAUGAUAAUAGUUAUAUGUGUGUAUGGUACAGUUACACACUUAACAGAAAAAUUUAAAAAAUUAGAAAAAAAAAAAUAAUAAGGGGGUCUUGCCAAAUGUCCCAUUAACAUUUUUAGUAUUAAAAGGACAUUUUGUUUUUUGAUGAUGUGAACAUUAGAACAUGAACUUUGUUCCUGGCCUGUGGAUGUUCAGUAGAAAGUGCAUGAGUGCAGUAUAUGCUAUUUUCUUGAAUUAACUGGGCCUCCAAAUGUAUUCAUCAUGUUACAUGAUGGAUAGCGAACCUCUAGUUUUGAUGGUUAGUGCAGUCUUAAAGUGUCAAUGAAACAGUGCCACUCUUCAGUGAUAACCAUAGGCAUCCAUGUUGCCACGUCCUUUAACUACCUGAAGUUCACGUGCCAAGUACGGUCAAGAUUAGAUUUAGAAAACGACGUGCAGAAAGCCUAGCAGACUAUUGAAGUGUGUUUGGAUCUAGUUAGUAAUAAUAGAUUGGAGUCUCUUUGAAGUUUUGCAUUGGUUUUGGAUUGCCAGAGAGUGAAUUUAGAAUUUACUAACCACAACAUCUUUCAGGAUAGUUGCAUCUUUUUCUAAGUAGCUGGCAGUUUCUAAUUAGCAUUUCAGAUUUUAUUCAUGGUACUAAAUUAGAUACCAGAUAUUUUCAUUGAAAAGAGGAAAAAUGGCCUAAAAUGGUGUUUUCUUUCACUGCGGUUAAAUGGCAAAGUCUUUGAUUCUUAGACUUAAAAGCCCAGUUUUUGAUUUAUUCAGUGGCUAAAAAUGCUAAGUAGACACUGCUGCCAGUUCAAAACUUUUCUGCAAAAGUUUUCUAUCCUGAAAUAUUGAUUAUGAAUCAAUAAAUCAGACUUUGUAAAGUCAUGAAGGCAACUUUAAACCAGUCAUCCAACAACUGCAAUGUUCCUUAUUGAAAGUAUUCUAUAUUUAGUCAUUUAACCUUUGGCAAUACAGUACUCACGUGCAGACUACAUUAAUAUCCAUAAGGGCUUGAUUGAUUGCUUAGCUGCUUUAAUAAAGAGCUGUGCAUGCAUGCGCCCAGUUCAGAAGCAGAAGUAUACAGCCUAAUGAAUAAAUUCUGAUAACGAAGGAUCUCUCUUCAUGCUUUCUCCUUGGAACAGUUUUCUUUUCCAGGAAACUUCUUGUACUUAGAGUGAGACGUGUAACUUUUUGACUCGGUAGGCAAAACGCCUGUCACUCAUAAAGCUCUCGUAAGCAAAUCCCUCUUCUGCACAGUUCAGCUUUGUUUCCUUGUUGCUGAGUCUAUACAGUUAAUAACAUGAGAAUGUUUCACCAAGAACCAGAUAAUGAAAUCAUGGUGCAAUUAAACCAAGUUUACAUUUAUAAAUUGUGAGAUGUGUGUACCUUACUAAAUACUCAUAACCAUGGGUAGCUAACUGUCCCCAGCGUUAGCGGAGCAGCCAGCAGCUUUAACGCUGGCACGAGUCUCUGACCAGUGCUAACGGACAGUCAUGAGUUAAAAACUGGGAGUGUUUUACAGAGAGGAGAGAGACAGCAGAAACCUGGGUUUUCUGCUCAUGUUCUUUCCUCUUAAUUUAUUGUGACUUUUACACAGUGGGGAAAAAGUACAUGCUUGUUUAUUUUUAAUAACUGCAUUUCAAAUGAGGACUUUACAAGCAUGAGGAUGAUGUGAAGUGAUGCAGUGUCAUCGCUUAGGUUAGAUUUUUAUGUUUAAAUUUCCAUGGGUUUCCAAUGAGUGGGUUUUUCAGAUGUGGCUGUGGUUUUAUUGACUUAAAAAAAAAGGUUGAGAGCUGAAGUGUCCUGAUGGGAAGGAGGAGGUUUGCGAAGUUUUGGCCUUACUGACACGUUUUAUUUUUUCCUUUAUAUAUAAAUAUAUAUACCUAUAUACAUAUAUAUAAUUAUAUAUAUCUAUAUUAAAAAAACAACAACAAACGUCUCUGUAGGCUUUUCACUACCUCUCAUGUUGGUUAAUUUAUUUCACAUCUAGUUGUCAAUGUACAAGUUGUUUUUAGAUCUACUUGAAGCCUAACACUGUAAACAAAAAUGUGCACAGAAAAAAUGACUAUGUAUAUGACCAGAGGGGUUAAAGAGAGCUUGGCCUAGUUGACAUUAUAUUUUUUUUUUGUUUGUAUGUAUGUUUGUUUUUAAUUGUGUUGAGCUGAAAUAGAUUUUGCAUCUCUAUAAAGAAUUCAGGAAAUCCACUGUCUAAGGGCUAAUCCCAUUUUUGCCUAUGCAAAUCUGUUACUGUGGGUGAGUUGGGAAAGGGCGAGCUACCGUCCCUUUCACCUGUUCUAGAUGGACCAUGGUUUACAUUGCCCUUUGCUGAUAUUCUUCAAUCCUAUUCAGCAAAAAUGUACGCUUAUUUUUGUUUCUAUAUGAAUAUUAUAUAUAAAUAUAUAUAAAUAUAUAACAAGUAAUAUACAGAGAAAAUAGUAUAUGCCUUCGUGAUGAUAAAAAAAAAAAAAAAAAAAGAAACAUUGCUGAAAACAAAUAAAUGUGUUGUCUGACAUUAUGUGGCUGUGUGCUGGAGUCUUGGUGAGAUGAUACAAACGACUGGAACUUAAAGCGACUGACGAAAAAGUGGACAAACUGACUAACAAGAAGAAAAUUCAUUACUCAGGCUACAACACCAGUAGCUAACCCUGUGCAGUAUUUCUUAACUGAGGGAGAAAAAAAAACAUUAUUUCAUGAGCCACAACAGGGCUUUCUUUGACAAUUAAUGUUAUCCAGCCCCGGCCUGUGAGGUAAAUAAGGUACUUGCGUUUGUCGUUUUUUUUCACUGUAACAUUUUGUCAUUUUUACGCGGUCUGAAGGGCUGAGUUGGAGCAGACCUGGAAACAAGCUGAGAUAUUAAUGUUCUCUGCCUUUGGGACUGUGCACUGUCGAUCUGUAGGUCACAUUCUUAAAGCCGUCAGUGAAAUAAAAAAAAAAAAAAACCUCCACUUGCCAUGAAAUGAUUUACAUGUUAUCGUGAUGAUCUUUUUUUGCUGGACAAUGCACAGCUGUCGUGAAUUUGUAAAGAAAUGAGUGCAGCCCAGUGUCGUCAGCAAACAACAGCGACUUAUUUUUCUACUCUUCGACAUUCAUCGUUCUUUUUGUAGCCACAUCCACUCAGACUAUCACUGUGUUAAUGCAGUAGCGUUGAUUUGGGACACGUCGGCAGAAGUGGGUUUUCCUAUUUUUUUUAAUUGUCCACUGAUGCAGGAUGUAAGAAAAGUCAAGAUACAGAAGAGAAAAAAAAAAAAUCAGACCAUUUAACUGAGCUCGCGAGGCGCUUUUAGGUUUCGGGGCUGAGUUUUGAUUGAGGUCUGUAAGUCUGUUUUUUUAAGCUCUUGAUUUGUACAGACGUUUUAACUCCAGAGCUGAAAAGGAAAUGAAAAUAACAGUUAAUGUAUAGAUUUUUCACACAGUUUCUCACAGUGCAUCAUGGCUAAAGGAAGACGGGUUUUAUCGGCCGAUGGUUUGACAUUAGUGUGUUCCCUCAGUUGGACUUGGUGCCUCUUUACACUUCACAACAGACCUCAAGUUUUCUCUUUAUCUGUCUGUCCCACUUCUCUUGGGUUUUCACGUCCUCUCAGUGUCAUCACACAAACAACACUGUUAAUAGCAGUUUGGAGCAGAGGCGGCCCCUUUUUACAGCAAAAAUCACACAUUUGUUUUUCAGACACCCUAUUUUCGCACCUCUUCCGGGGGGUGUUUUGUGGUACUUUGGGAAGGAGAUUAUUUUUGAGCUGGUUUGGUUGGAAAUUGGUUUUCAACUUGUUCACCAGUUUUAGGCAAUCACUUUUCUCUUUAUUGAUUUAGAUGCCUAAGCCUCUUGGUUUUUGUCAUGCCUUUGUAGAUAGACGACAGUUGUCAAGAGAUGAUCCGCAGGUGAAAACUAAAAGAAUUUUCCUGUCACUUGAGCAAUUCAGAAGUGACGUUUUUUCUAUUCAGCAUGCUUUUUGCUAAAUAAAUGAAAUAAUUCAGUUAUUUGCUAUAAACGAUACUGUAUGAGUAUGUAUUCAAGUACUGCAGUAUGCAGACAAUUAAAAACAUCAGAAACUCUUUUGAGAGGUUCAUAUUUUUCACAGUAUGUUUCACUAAUAUUGACAGUACUUAAUUCUUGUUUUGAGUGUCUCAUGAAUUGCCAGAAUGAUUAAAUGGCCCUCUUUUUAUUAACAAAUAUAGACUAUGGUUGAUUGUUUCCACAUGCAUGACUUGCAGAGCAAUUACCAGGUCAGUGCUAGUUCACUAGAUUGGUCAGUUGGGCUCAUCUUUAACACUGGUUGCUUAUCGAUGGUGAAUGAGAUCCUGACUAUUUUAUUUCCACCAAGGCAGGUGACGGUUACUGAAAAAAACUUUUAUUUCUUGGAGUGCAAUGUAAAUGUAUUGCAGCGCUCCAUCUAACUGCAACUGAGGGUGAUGCAGAACCCCUAACCUCUGAGAUUCAGAUUCUAACCACUGACCAAUGAUAGCUGAGCCUCAAACAGCAGUCGGAAAGCGUGUGUUCAUUCUGCGACUUCCUCACACAUCUCAGAGCACUGUGUUCCUACUCUUCAGGGUGGUGCUGCUCAAGGAUCUGACUGCUUUACACAGUGACUUUGAAUUUUAUCAAAGUAAACUAAUCAUUGAUUCUUGAUCAGCACUCACGGUCUGAAGCGCCCGGAGAUGUAGGAAUCCCUUAACUGUAGCAUUGAAGACUUUUAUAGCUUAUUAGUCCAGCCAUGAUGAAAUAUCAUCCUUUAUUGUUGUGUAGAGCAGCCUCGUCUCUGGGAUGAUAUUUCACUCAACAGGGAUCUAAAUCUGUACUUAAAGGCAGAACUGGUACAAUUAUUAACAGCACUUGGCAUUGGGGAGUUUGUACAUUGUUGGAGAAACGUGUAAUUAUAUUGUUAGUGGCAAUUCUCUGCAUGAAAGUACGACACACAGGACAGGACACUAGAAUCAACUAAAAUCAAUGAAAGAAAUUACAUAUACAGCCCAUGUCUUGUUUAGGAAAUUUGGAAGAUUAUUUUUUUCUUCGUAACACUUAAACUUGAUAAACAAAUGUUGUAAGCUGUGUAAGACUGUGGCUCCAAUGUGAUCAGUGUGGAGAGUUGUUAAAAAGAGAAAAACUUCUGUCACCUGUAGAGAUGUGUUAAAUAAAAAAAAAUAAAG